GUUGCAGACAGUUGGGGAAAUGCAUGGAGCCAACCAGAGUGGGCUCUCAGACUUCAUACUCCUGGGACUCUCCGAGAGUCCUGAAGACCAGCAGGUCCUGUUCUGGAUGUUCCUGCCCAUGUACCUGGUCACCGUGGUGGGAAAUGUGCUCAUCAUCCUGGCCAUAGGCACUGACUCAUGCCUUCACACUCCCAUGUACUUAUUCUUGGCCAAUCUCUCCUUCACAGACCUCUUAUUUGUCACCAACACAGUCCCCAACACACUGGUGAACCUUCAGUCCCAGAACAAAGCCAUCUCCUAUGCAGGAUGUCUGGCACAGCUCUACUUCCUGGUCUCCUUGGUGACCCUGGACAACCUCAUCCUGGCCACAAUGGCAUAUGACCGCUAUGUGGCCAUCUGCCAUCCCCUCCACUAUGUCACAGCCAUGAGCCCUGGGCUGUGUAUUUUGCUCCUCUCUUUCUGUUGGGUGCUCUCUGUCCUCUAUGGUCUCUUCCUCACCCUCCUCAUGACCAGGGUGACCUUCUGUGGGUCCCGGAAGAUCCACUACAUUUUCUGUGAGAUGUAUGUCCUGCUGAGGAUUGCAUGUUCCAACACCAAAGUCAAUCACAUAGUACUGACUGCCACAGGAUCCCUCAUAUUCCUCACUCCCUUUGGGCUCAUGAUCAUGUCCUAUGUCCGGAUUGUCAGUGCCAUCCUCCGAAUACCAUCAGCCUCUAGCAAGUACAAAGCCUUCUCCACCUGUGCCUCCCAUCUGGCUGUGGUCACCCUCUUCUAUGCACUUUGUAUGGUAUAUUUGAAGCCCCUCAACACCUACUCCAUGAAGGACUCAGUGGCCACAGUGAUGUAUGCUGUGGUCACCCCCAUGAUGAACCCCUUCAUCUACAGCCUGAGGAACAAAGACAUGCAUAGGGCUCUGGGAAGACUUUUCCUAGGGAAAGCUUUCCAGAGGUUGACAUGAGGGUAAUUUGGGGCAGGACAUUACAGUGAGGACUGUGAUAUCCUCUACUGAUAUCCCAGUGAAGACUACGAAUAUCCUCUACUGUGUGCAGGGCAUUACCUUAUGGGGGAUACAGGAGUGAUGAGGGCUUAGUUUCAGCUCAGAGUGAUCUCAUAUAUCUCUGAUGAAAAAAAGAACAUAUAACCCAAAGUCCCCCAGACCACACCAGCUUUGGCAGUAAAGUCACACUAACACUAAUACUAGAAGUUUGCAGGAUCAAAUUUUUGAACUUGUCCAACCACAGGACCACAGUCCCAGCCUUAUCCAGAUAUAUCCAGUUAUAGCAUAGGGAGAUCAUGUCCUCUGACACUCACAAACUCAUGUUU